UAGCACUACGAACGUUUUAGGAACGCACGAUUGCUGUUUAGACAUCUGAGCUAAAUAAAUCACUAAAGGCUUGUGCGGAUAUAUUCUGUAUAGAUAGGAGGAUGGAUGGAUAUAAGUCAUGACGAGACAUGGACUACUACCUAAAUAAUAAAUGUACCACGACUACAUGAAUGGCACACCAGACAGCCGUGCAGGCACGAAGAACAGGCAGACAGCUGCACAUGUGGCGCCGCGUUUGGCACCUGCGGCUUUCCGUGCCGUGACGUCACGGUCCCUUUAAACUUUACCAAGUAUGGCUGCGCUCGGCAGCGAUCGUCGGGUCAGCUACAAGCUGUUUUAUUGACAGAGGCCAACUCAUUCCGGCUAUGAGCGUUUUUCCAGGUCUGUAUCGUUGAUGUGAUGCCUGCUGGUGAGGGCGUGAUGUCGCAGGGUUACGUUGCCAGUGCCGUGUCUCCCUGAGAAGUGUGCCGUGAUCGUCAUGGAAACCGCGGAGGCUGCCACCGGCCUACGGUGCCGCAGAUGCAGGACUUGCGUGAUGGACUCUUCCAGCCUGCUCCGGAUGAGCAAGGAGAGGGAUGCUGCAGCCACAGCCAAGUGUAACAUUUGGCAUGUGAAUUUUGACCCCUUGCCUGACUGGAUCCACAGAGCCGUCCAUCAGGCCCAGUGGACAAGGGGGAAGCUGCUGUGUCCCCACUGUGGGGCUCGCCUGGGGGGCUUCGAUUUCAUGCGCCAAGCUUCUUGCCCCUGUGGCCACCAGCUGACCGUACACCUCAGUGAAAGCCGGGUGGACCGUGACCACAGGCUGACCGUAUUCCUCAGUGACACCUGGGCGUACCGCAGUCGCAGGCAGCCCCGAGAGCUCCGACCGAGCCAGGAAGUGUGUCACCUGGAAGGUUUGGGGCUGCCCGAAAAGACCCAGAGCACAGCACCCCAGCUAAUGGGGGGGGCAGAACCCUCUGGCCUGGCUGAACCCUCGCCGACAUACAGAAUUACUGGCGAGGAAACCAGCCCAGAUGCACUGGCCACCACCACUAUAAGGCAACAGCUUCCCUCACGGAGCAGCAUGGAGGGAGGUGGCAGAGAGGGAGAAGAGCCGGGGGAGCGGAGGCCUGGCAGGAGGGAGCGGAAAUACAUGAGGAGCUUGCGAAGGAAAAGGAGAGGCAGGGAGAGAGGACUGCAGAGUCAGUGGCUGGAACAGCAAGAGGGCUCCACUGGAAAUGCGAGCAGUAGUGAUGAGGAUGAGGCAGGCAGGGACAGGGAGGGCCUGACUUGUGCUGUGUGCCUGGACAUCUACUUCAACCCCUACAUGUGUCGCCCCUGCGGUCACGUGUUCUGUGAGCCAUGUCUACGCACGCUGGCCCGGAGCUGCCCCAGCAACACCCCCUGCCCCCUGUGCCGCACCCCCAUCUCGCACGUCUGCUUCCAGAUCGAGCUCAGCCACACAUCUCAGAGCUGUUUCCCUGAGGAGUACAUCAGCCGCAGGCAGAACUUCCAGAAGGAUAACUGCGCCCAGUGGCCUCUCCCCAACUGUGGGAAGAUCUUUCGCAUCUUAGGUGGGUUCCGGAGGCGUGCUGGUCCUGUGAGCCGGCGGCAGUUCCCACACGGCCCCUCGCGGCUGGACAGCCUGGCUUUUGAGGGCGACUCGCGGGGCCGGCGCCUUGACAUGGACGUGCUCGUCGUCUACAUCUACUCUGUCAACUGGCUCAUUGGCUUCAUCAUCUUCUGCUUCCUCUGCUACUACUUCUUCUCAUCUCUCUGACAGCUGCCCCCCACCUGAAAUGUAAGCGAGGACCCUGCCUGCCGGGCUUCCGCAGCAGUGCCUGUGGCGAGCUGAACUUCAGGAGCAGACGGCAGAGGGAUACAAAGGGGCACCUUAACAACGGUGCUGUUUUACACACUGACUGUUUAUGACUCAUCUUUGCUCAGUAUUCAGCUCUAGCACAGCUGCUUUUUACUGCAUUGACCUCUGACUGUGGCUAUUGCCCUGGAUCCAGGUAUAAGACGGUCUUCUGGAUGGGGUCUGUCUAUCUGAAUGCUUAGGGACCAUCUUGGACGGAAAGCAAUGAUCUCUAGCAUCAGGUACAACGGGUAAGACUGCAUAAGCACAAAGGCUUACCUCAUGGAUCAGAAUCCGGAUCUACUGCAGUGGAGCCUCACCUGUUUGCUAACGGUGGCCAUUUUGAAACACCGACACUGAUCCCUCCCCUUCUGGGCCCCGUCUCAGGCCUGCCCCCUAGUGGCCAGUUGCUGUUCCGACAAUGCCUGUGAACUUCAAUGCAGUGAACUGUUCUGUGAGAUUCAGUCCCAAAAUAAAAAGGGUGUCCUGUGCUUACCUUAAA